AGAAGUUCAAGAACAAUGUUCUUUGAAUUUAACACAUUUUCAUAUUGUGGCGGAUCGCACUUCUUGUCCAAUCUGGUUAAUCACUUUAUUAAAGAGCCUGUAUCAGUUAGUUCAUUUCAAAUUAACGAUGACUACAAGUUGCUCGAAAUAUUUUGAAUAUGAUUUUGUUCAUGCGUUAAACAACAUUGAGACGUUUGAACGUCUCUCUCGAGCACUUUCUAAUACUUUAGAAACUUUUGAAGUUAAUUUUCCUAUCGAAGAAGAUUGUUUAAGAGUCUUUUUGGAUGAAUCUAGAUUCAAACUUCGGCAUAUUAGGUUUUAUCAUCAUGAUGAGAAACAAUAUAAUCAUUUGGAUCCUUUUUUGAAACAUCACGACGGAUACUUGAGGAUUUUCAUCGAUUACGCUAAAAGGAAAAAUUCUCUUAAAGAACUAGGUUUCGCCAAACGAUACAUCUUCUCUAAACAAUACAUUGAAGAGGCGCAACGUUACUUUAAUAUAGUAAUGCUCAACGGUUAUGAAAUCGAUAACCCAUUCUAUGAUGUACCAAUGAAAAAUUCUCACUGGAGCAACAGAAAUACGAACUUCCCAAGAAUUUCGCGUUGGAUGAUGGCUUAA